AUCGUAACGUGAGCUGUCUUGUUUGGUCUUAGCUGUAAACAAUCGAAACAAUAAUAGAACCAAAGGAACCAAACGAUUUGGGCAAGAUGGGCCAUCACUGGCGUUAGCCUGUCACGUUUGUGACACAGCAAAGAAAAAAAACCAAACGAUUUAUUUUCUUUGUGGUGUCUACUAGACGGCUAAGACCGCUCACUUGCCACACACGAUUUUGAUAGCUAAAACUUCAUUACCAGAGGAAUAAUGAAAUCAAACAUGGCACGGAAUGUCAUACCAAAGAAGAAUACACAGUCAAGUGGAAAAGCCACACCAACGGACGACUUCCCAAAGCACCAUCAAUGUCCGAUUUGUGGAAAACAAUUCACCAAGAAGAGUAACCUCAACGUGCACGUCUCAUUUCAUGAAGGCAAACGGCCAUUCAGUUGUGAUAUCUGUGGGAAAAGUUUUACUUUGAAAAGUGCCGUAAGCACGCAUAUGACCGUCCACACAGGGGACAAACCGUACACGUGUGAUAUAUGUGGCAAAGGAUUUCAUGAGAGUGGAACGUUGAAGUUACACCAUAAAAUUCAUACCGGUGAGCGAUCGUACAAAUGCACUGAAUGCGGAAAAGAUUUUCGCUUUCUAUCGAAUCUCAACCGACAUAUGCUCGUUCACAGUGGCGAGCGGCCGCACAAAUGCACUGUUUGCGGAAAACGUUUCCCUACUGAAACUGAACUGUACGUACACAUGCCUACACACACCGGUGAUUAUAAAUACGAGUGUGAAGUGUGUGGCAAAGGAUUCGUGCAACAAUCGCAUUUUAAAGACCACGGAAACAUACACACGGGAGAGCGGCCUUAUAAGUGCAGUGUAUGCGGAAAAGAUUUUGCCAUCAAACAUAUCAUGAUACGACACAUAUCUACUCACACGGGAAAUCGAUAUAAGUGUGAAAUAUGUGACAAUGAUUACAGUACGAAAUUUUACUUGCAACUGCACAAACGGAUUCAUGCAACUGAACAGUCGAAUAAUUGAUUGCUGAUCAACAAAGUGACGCAUUUUUUUUAUGUUCGAUUAAUUCUAAAUUUUUAGUUGCCUGAUUCUUGCGGUGUCGUUGGAUAGAAACUAGCAAAAAUAAAUGUAAAAGUAUUGGCGAAACCAUACUUUUCCACAGAGUAAUGAUAUUUGUAAGCAGAGCGAAAUACAGUUGCAAGAACAAAAUGUAAACAUUGAAGUGGUUCAAAUCACCGAUCAGAACAAAAUAAACUUAUCUCAUCUCCUUG